AUGCCCCAAUAUCGAGAGGAAGAUAUGCGCGCCAUCCACAAAGCUGCCAGCGUGGGAAACCUGUUGAGAGCCAUACUACAUGACCAAGAAGAAUGUGCUGCUAUCCUACUAGACCAUGGUGCCGAUCCAAAUGCAAUGGACAUCCACGGCAACACUCCUCUUCACUAUGCUGUCCUUGGACAAAACACAGCGAUAGUGGAAAAGCUACUUUCCUGUAUGGCAAAUCCAGAAGCAAGAAACGAGGAUGACUUCACACCGCUUUCACUUGCCAAAUAUGAAAACAAUGAAAAAAUGGUGGAAUUUUUACUAACAAGAGGUUCGGGAGUUCAUCAGAUGGAAGGCCACCAACAACCAACUUCUGAAAGAAAAGAAAAAAGAAGACUUUUGAAAUCUUCUGGAAGUAACAAUCUUGUACGUGAGAGAACUGAAGAAGAGGCCUUAUUCAGGCAUGCUCUGAAGGUGGCCUGUUACAAGGGCCAUAAAAGAGUGGUGAGUCAGUUAGCACGCAGACGUCGCCUAUUGGAUCUCUGUGAUACUGACAAUAAAACAGCUCUAAUUCACGCCAUUCAGUAUGAGCAAGAAGAAUGUGCUGCUAUUCUACUAGAGCAUGGUGCCGAUCCAAAUGUAAUCGACAUCCACGGCAACACUGCUCUUCACUAUGCUGUCCUUAGUGAAAACACAACUAUCGUGGAAAAGCUAGUUUCCUGUAUGGCAAAUCUGGAAGUGAGAAAUAAGGAUGACUUCACACCACUUUCACUUGCCAAACAUGAAAACAAGGAAAAAAUGGUGGAAUUUUUAGUAACUAGAGGUUUGAAAGAUCAUCAGGUGGAAGGCAACCAACAAUCAACUUCUGAAAAUAAAGAAGAAAGAAGUCCUAUGAAAUCUUCUGACAGUAACAAUCUUGGCCCCUCAGCAAAAGUCCCAGCAUACACAAAUACCAGCUCAUCACCACUGGGUACCCAUGGACGUAAUGGUUUGAUGGAACCUAAGAGACUCUUUGGGGUUGAAGAAGAGGAGGAAGCGAAAAGUAGAAAAAGGGAAACGUCAAAAAGCAUGCAUGAUGGUGCUGAUGAUGACGGUAACAAUGGUGGACUGAGUCAGCACAGCAACAGGGAACAGAGUGAUAACCAGCAGCCAAAAGAUAACAUUAGUGAGAAUGCAGUCAUUUUAAUGAAUAAGGUUGAAGAACAAGAGAAAAAGACAAGUAGUAAAAGGGAAGUGUCAGAUAACAUGCAUGAUGGUGCUGAAGAAAACAGUGACAAUGUUGGUGUGAGGCAGAAAGGCAACAUGGAACAAAGUGAGAAGCAGCAGGUUCCUAUUAAGGAGAAAGAAAAUUCUCAUAGGAAACGUCGCAUUGCUGUUGCAUGUCCUACAUCAGACAAUGUAGUCUUCAAGGUUAAAGAAAAAAAUAAGCAGACAAACAGUAAAAGGGAAGUGUCAGAAAACGUGUAUGAUGCUGCUAAUGAUGACAGUGACAAAAAUGGAUUGAGACAGCAAAUCAACAGUGAACAAACUGAUUCCCAGCAGCCAAAUGGUAAAAUUAAUGAAAACACAGCCUUCUUAGUGGAUAAGGUUAAAGAAAAGGAGAAACAGAAAAGUAGCAAAAGGGAAGCGUCAGAAAACACAUAUGAUGGUGCUGAUGAUGACAAUGAGAAUGAUGGAUUGAGUAAGCACAGCAUCAGGGAACAAACUGAUAACCAGCACCCAAAUGAUAACAUUAAUGAAAAUGCAGUCAUUUUGAUGAAUAAGGUUGUAGAACAAGAGAAGAAGACAAGUAGUAAAAGGGAAGUGUCAGGUAACAUGCAUGUUGGUGCUGAAGACAACAGUGACAGUGUUGGUGUGAGGCAGAAAAGCAACAUUGAACAAAGUGAGAAGCAGCAGGUUUUUAUUAAGGAGAAAGAAAAUUCUCAUAGACAUGGAUUCCCUCAUUGGUGCUGUGGAUUUUUCAGCAAACGUCGCAUUCCUGUUGCAUGUCCUACAUUAGACAAUGUAGUCUUCAAGGUUGAAGGAGAAAAUAAGCAGAGAAGCAGUAUAAAGGAAGUAUCAGGAAACAUAUAUGAAGGUGCUGAUGAUCACAGUGACGGAAAUGGAUUGAGACAUCAGAGAAACAGUCAACAAACUGAUACCCAGCAGUCAAAGGAUGAAAUUAAUGAAAACACAGUCUUUUUCAUGAAUAAGGUUGAAGAAAAGAAGGAGCAGAAAAAUAGUAAGAGGGAAGAGUCAGGAAACAUGUGGGAUGGGGCUAAUGAUGACACUGACCGUGUUGGAGUGAGACAGAAAAGCAACAGUGAACAAAGUGAUAAGCUCCAGUUUCCUACUGUGGAGAAUGAAGACUCUGAUAGAUUAACCUUACAAGAAGAAAAAGAGAAGAGACAAAAAGCUGAUCUGUUAAAUAAGAAGAAUACAGGGCAUUCAACGAAAAAAGAAAGGCAAUCUAUUAAAAAUGUUGAAAUGAACCCCAAAGUUGCAAACACCACUGCAACACAAGUGAUGCCAUUGAAGACUGUAAGAAGGAAUACGGUUGUUGAACAAAAUUACACUCAGAGGCGACUUUCUCAAGAACAGAAUGCCAAUGUAUUACAAGAUGGAAUUCUGACUAAACACCUUUGCAAACCAAAGGUUUCUGAUAGUGAUGAAAAAGAAAAACGUCUGUUACGUGAAAAUCGCAUGUUGAAGAAUAAAAUUGCCAUGCUAACACUGGAACUAGACACAGUGAAAAAUCAGAACCCAGAAAUGGUGGAAAAAAAAGAUUUUUUGGACAUUGUGAUUGUCAAAGAAAAGAUUGACCAUUUUGAAAAGACAAUAACAGAAACACUAUUUCAAAACAAAGCAGAGCUUGAAGGUCUGAGAGCUGAUCUUACAAUGCUAAGCUCUAAACUGGAGGAUGAACGACAAAACAGAGGAAGACUGGAAGCAGAAGGUGAAUCACACAGGUCUAGACGCGCUACUGUUGUACAGGAUCAUGAGCAUUGUCAGACUUUAAAAGGAGAUCUACAAGUUGAUUUCAAGAAAGAAAAAGAAGAAUGGAUUUGUUCCCAGGACAAAAAUAAAUCUGAUAUAUCUAAUCUAAAAUGUGACUUUGAGAUUCUUUCUCAAAAAUUUUCUAUACUUGAAAGCAAAUACAAUCGCCUAGAAAUUGAAUUGCAUCACACAAGAGAUGCUCUCAGAGAAAGGGCAUUAGUUUUAGAAGACGGAGAAAGAGACCAAAGCCAAACGCAGUGUCAAAAAGGGGAUUCUGAAAAUGUGUCUCAAAAGGAGCAAGGGAAAGUGAAUGCAGACAUUGGAAAGCAGGAAUCUUUACAGGAGAGGCUAUCUCACUUGCAGAGUGAAAAUAAGUUGCUUCAACAGCAACUGGAUCGGGCUCACAACAAAUCUGAGAAGAAAAGAAAGACAGUCAUUAGAACGCAAGAUCAGUUUGUGGAUACCAUAAAAAUAUUGCAAGCCAACAGUGAAAAGCAAGGUCUUAUGCUGAAUGAAACAUGUAAGGAAUUAAUCAACGAAUGCCAUCUUUUCAAAGAAAGCAGACUUCACUAUGAAAAUGAUAAAGCAGAAAGAGAUGCAGUCGUGAGACGACUUCAAGGAGAACUGGCUGAUACCCAAAGAAAACUGAGACAACUUCAAGGAGAACUGGAUGAUACCCAAGGAACACUGAGACAACUUCAAGGAGAACUGGCUGAUUCCCAAAGAAGACUAUUUAUGACGGAUGCUUCACUGAAGAUUGAAUCACAUCGUCAUUUGCGUUCACAGUAUAAAAUACAAGAGUUGCAGAAGGAAUUACAUGAAAGCAGAAGUCAAUGUCAGCAUGAAAAGGAAGAAUCCAAGAAAUACAUUGAUUUAACCAUGUCUCUGCAACAGAGCUUGCAUGAAGUAAUGAAGCAAAAGAGUGAUCUAGAAAAAUCAAUGGCCAGAUUUCAGGAACCCUUAAACAUGCCAAAAGGGAAUUUGAAUGAAGACCUCAGUUUCCCCAGAGAUUUAAGACCAAGUCUAACAGGAAUGGGAAUGCAGACUAGCAGGUUAAUACAGGAGUCUGAGGAGCCUCUUGCAGCUUCAACAAGUAAUCAUAGCCCUGAAGAUAAUACUGCUCAGCUGGAGGAAGAAUUCAAAGUACUUCUACGGAAAUGUGAAGAAAUGACAGCUAGAGCAGAGUGCUGGAAACAAGAAGGAUUAAGAGUGCGAAGACAAAUGCAAAUAAAUAGGGCAAAACACCUUGAAGAAGAACAGCGUCUAGACAGGAUUGGAGAAUGUUCAAGACCCGACAUAGCAUAUAGAUCAGAACAAAUCAGGCAAUUUUACCAGGAUUUUUUUGCCCUUUAA